UUUUCCAAAGGCUGGAGGGCUUCACUCCGGCUGGCGCCGCCGCCUCGCGCGCUCCUGUUCCGCCGCGACCGUCAAGGGGGGCUGCUCCUCCCAAGUACCAUGUGUGACGGCGCCCUGCUGCCUCCCCUUGUCCUGCCCUUGCUGCUGCUGCUGGUUUGGGGACUGGACUCGGGUGCAGCGGUCGGCGACGCGGCGGCCGACGUGGAGGUGGUGCUCCCGCGGCGGGUGCGCCCAGACGCCGUGCACCUGCCGCAGCUGCCUGGCGCCCCAGGGCCCCGAAGACGUCGGCGACCCCGCGCGCCCCCCGCUGCCCCGCGUGCCCGGCCUGGCGAGCGCGCCCUGCUGCUGCACCUGCCGGCCUUCGGGCGCGACCUGUACCUGCAGCUGCGUCGCGACCUGCGCUUUCUGUCCGGCGGUUUCGAGGUGGAGGAGGCUGGCGAAGCAGGGCGCCGUGGACGCCCCGCCGAACUGUGCUUCUACUCGGGCCGCGUGCUGGGCCACCCCGGCUCCCUCGUCUCGCUCAGCACUUGCGGCGGCGGCCUGGUUGGACUCAUCCAGCUUGGGCAGGAGCAGGUGCUAAUCCAGCCCCUCAACAGUUCCCAGGGACAGGAGCAUCUGAUCAGGCGCAGAUGGUCCUUGACGCCCAGCCCCUCAGCCGAGGCCCAGAUGCCGGGGCAGCCCUGCAAGGUCCUCACAGAAAAAAAGAAGCCAAAGAGGGGCCGGCUAUCAAGAGACUGGCGGGGGCGGAGGAGUGCCAUCCGGCUGACCAAUGAACACACAGUGGAGACGCUGGUGGUGGCCGAUGCCGACAUGGUGCAGUACCACGGGGCAGAGGCUGCCCAGAGGUUCAUCCUCACCGUCAUGAACAUGGUGUACAAUAUGUUUCAGCACGAAAGCCUUGGAAUUAAAGUUAACAUUCAAGUCACCAAGCUUGUCCUGCUACGACAGCGUCCUGCCAAGUUGUCCAUUGGGCACCAUGGUGAGCGGUCACUGGAGAGCUUCUGUCACUGGCAGAAUGAGGAGUACGGAGGCGCACGCUACCUCGGCAACAAUCAGGUUCCAGGAGGCAAGGAUGAUACACCCCCUGUGGAUGCCGCUGUAUUCGUGACCAGGACAGAUUUCUGCGUACAUAAAGACGAACCUUGUGACACCGUUGGAAUUGCUUACUUAGGAGGUGUGUGCAGUGCUAAGAGGAAAUGUGUGCUUGCCGAGGACAAUGGCCUCAAUUUGGCCUUUACCAUCGCUCAUGAGCUGGGCCACAACUUGGGGAUGAACCAUGACGACGAACACUCCUCCUGCGCUGGCAGGUCUCACAUCAUGUCGGGAGAGUGGGUGAAAGGCCGGAACCCUAGCGACCUCUCCUGGUCCUCCUGCAGUCGAGAUGACCUUGAAAACUUCCUCAAGUCCAAAGUCAGCACCUGUUUGCUGGUCACAGAUCCCAGGAGCCAGCAUGCUGUGCGCCUCCCGCACAAGCUGCCGGGCAUGCACUACAGCGCCAACGAGCAGUGCCAGAUCCUAUUUGGCACCAACGCCACCUUCUGUAGAAACCUGGAGCAGCAUCUGAUGUGUGCGGGAUUGUGGUGCCUGGUGGAAGGAGAUACAUCCUGCAAGACCAAGCUGGACCCUCCCUUGGACGGCACAGAGUGUGGGGCAGACAAGUGGUGCCGCGCAGGGGAGUGUGUGAGCAAGACGCCCAUCCCAGAGCACGUGGACGGAGACUGGAGCCCUUGGGGUGCCUGGAGCAUGUGCAGCCGCACAUGCGGCACAGGAGCCCGCUUUCGGCAGAGGAAAUGCGACAACCCUCCCCCAGGGCCUGGAGGCACACACUGCUUGGGCGCCAGUGUGGAGCAUGCAGUCUGUGAGAACCUUCCUUGCCCCAAAGGUCUGCCCAGCUUCCGAGACCAGCAGUGCCAGACACAUGACCGGCUAAGCAGCAAGAAGAAGGGCCUGCUGACAGCAGUGGUGGUUGAUGAUAAACCAUGCGAACUCCACUGCUUGCCCCUUGGGAAGGAGUCUCCGCUGCUGGUGGCCGACAGGGUUCUGGAUGGCACGCCCUGCGGACCCUACGAGACUGACCUCUGUGUGCACGGCAGGUGCCAGAAAAUCGGCUGUGAUGGCAUCAUCGGGUCUGCAGCCAAAGAAGACCGGUGUGGAGUCUGCAGUGGGGACGGCAAGACCUGCCGUGUGGUGAAAGGUGACUUCAGCCACUCUCGGGGCACAGUCAAGAAUGAUCUUUGUACGAAGGUGUCCACGUGUGUGAUGGCAAAGGCCGUUCCCAAGUGUUUCUCAUGUUAUAUUGAAGCUGUCAUCAUUCCAGCUGGAGCGCGAAGGAUCCGCGUGGUGGAGGAUAAACCUGCUCACAGUUUUCUGGCUCUCAAAGACUCCAGUAAGAGAUCCAUCAACAGUGACUGGAAGAUAGAGCUCCCUGGAGAAUUCCAGAUUGCAGGCACGACGGUCCGCUAUGUUAGAAGGGGCCUGUGGGAGAAAAUUUCCGCCAAGGGACCAACCAAAAUGCCACUGCAUUUGAUGGUGUUGUUAUUUCAUGACCAAAAUUAUGGAAUUCAUUACGAAUACACCAUUCCUGUAAACUACACUGCUGAAAAUCAAAGUGAGCCAGAAAAACCUCAGGACUCCUUGUUCAUCUGGACCCACAGCGGCUGGGAGGGGUGCAGUGUGCAGUGUGGAGGAGGAGAACGCAGAACUAUUGUAUCCUGCACACGGAUUGUUAACAAGACCACGACUCUGGUGAACGACAGUGACUGUCCUCAGGCUAGCCGUCCGGAGCCCCAGGUCCGCAGGUGCAACUCGCACCCAUGCCAGUCACGGUGGGUGGCAGGCCCAUGGAGCCCCUGCUCAGCCACCUGUGAGAAAGGUAUCCAGCAUCGGGAAGUGACCUGCGUGUACCAGCUGCAGAACGGCACACACGUCGCCACUCGGCCCCUCUACUGCCCGGUCCCACGGCCAUCGCCAGUGCAGAGCUGCGAAGGCCAGGACUGUCUGUCCAUCUGGGAGGCGUCCGAGUGGUCACAGUGUUCUGCCAACUGCGGGAAAGGGACACGGAAACGAACUGUGACAUGCACCAACUCACAAGGAAAAUGCGAUGCGUCCAGGAGACCAAGAGCCGAGGAGGCCUGCGAGGACUACUCCGGCUGCUACGAGUGGAAAACCGGGGGCUGGUCUAAGUGCUCGUCAACCUGUGGGAAGGGCCUGCAGUCCCGUGUGGUCCAGUGCAUGCACAAGGUCACAGGGCGCCAUGGCAAUGAGUGCCCCGCCCUCUCUAAGCCGGCAGCCUACAAACAGUGCCACCAAGAAGUCUGCAAUGACAAGAUCAACGUGAACACGAUCACCUCCCCUCGCCUAGCCGCCCUGACCUACAAAUGCACACGGGACCAGUGGACAGUGUAUUGCAGGGUCAUCCGAGAAAAGAACCUCUGCCAGGAUAUGCGAUGGUACCAGCGCUGCUGCCAGACAUGCAGGGACUUCUACGCAAACAAGAUGCGCCAACAGCCACCACUGCCGCCACCACCAAGCUCAUGACACGCGGCCCAGUGGUCCCGCGACACUUGGACACGAGCUCUGACUCCUGACGACACGGCUCGUUGAAAGCCCACCCCUACCCCGAGAACAUACCAGCCCUGCGGCCAGGACCCCCUACCCCGACCCCAAAGCACACCCGCUCACCCAGGAGGCUGUCCCAGGAAUCCAGCUGCCUAGAACUUGAGAAUGGACUUGACAUUUGCUUAGUGCUUUUUAUACUUAAUAUAUUGUUAACAGCCACUGGAUGGCUUUCUAUGGUAAGGAAAAAGUAGGCGUGAGUCACAAAAUAGUUGUAGUGUCUAAGGUUCCACGUACCUCAAGGGGGACCCUCCGACAGACGAUGGUCAAGAGAGAUGUCACUGGGUGCCUCUGUCUUGACUUUCCUCUGAUGUUCGAAUUCCCAGUGCUUGAUGUACUAUGGGGGGGAAAAGCCAAAAAAAGGAAACGUUUUACUUUAAAACAGGCUUUAUUCUGAAAGCCGGUGACAGCCCGGAUGGAAGGACAGAUGUCAGGGAGCCUCUGCCAAAGGUUUGUGCGGACAGGGCCGGGCUGCCGGGGCCCUGCUGCCUGCGUCAGAGAUCGUGGUUCCUGGAUCCCUGGCCUUUCCGUGGAAGUCUUGUCCCUGAGGGAUUGAGUCUGUGAACCAGCAAGGAUACUGGGGCCCUGUGGCUCUACACACCACCUGCCUGGGGGAGAAUAUUCCAGAAGGGCUUGGGUUUGGGAGGCAUCUAAUCUUCAGCUCUCUGCUGUCCCCCACUACACAGGGAAACAGAAGAGCCUCUCUUCAAGGUGCUGUGAAACGAAGCCCAUGCUAAUUUUGGCCUUGAGGUUGCUUCCUGGCAUAGAGGUGAGCUCAGGGCAGCCUUGACCCCCUCUGCAUCUGGGACCCCUACUCUAGCCAGUACUUCAUAGAGCUUUGCACCUUACAGAUGGCUUCCCAUCAGCCACCACUGCUGCCACCACCAAGUGGCCAUCUAGUCCACGUUGGUUCUCAGGCUCGGGCCCUGUCGCCUCGCCCUGGCACAGGGUAGGUUUCCUCCAGGGCCACUCAGCCUGGUGUCAGGAUGCGGGGAGGAGCCCCCAGCCAGCAUCGCCGCACACCCACCGAGUCUUCACAUAGCCCAGGCAUCACAGUGCUUGUCAUUGCCAUGCUGUCAUUAUUGUCCCAUCUUAGUAGGGCAAGAAUGACACUCAGCAAACCAUGAAGGAGGGCCUUGCCUCCUACAGUCCCCUUGCCCCUCCAAACAGAGCUGUGCCUCUCUGGAACCCAGGGAGAUGACAAGAGGCCCCUGUGAAAGCACAGAAGAUGGUGGGACCCUUCCCGCCUGGUCGCUAGUGGGGAGGGGACCUGACAUGCCCCGGGAGGUUUGCUUUGCUGAGCAGCCGGAUGGGUGUUUGAUGGGUGCUUGCGUUCAAGGACUUCACCAUGAGAAACCCACCCUCUCCUCCCUUAUUUCAGAGGGGCUCUCACUUAAGCUAAUCUCCACGGGAUCAUCUCCAAGCGUUUCUCGAUUUAUUGGUGCUGUGUUUGUGUAUCUGUGUGUGUGUUUUUAAUGUCACAACUAUAGGGUCAGCUUAAAUCAGAAAGACAGGAAAACAAGCAAACCAAAAAACCUCCCUGCCAUCUCAAGUCUGUCUAAUGGGCUUUUUAGUUUGUGGUUUAGCUACUACUCCAGAGGCAGAGAAGUGGUCAGGCUGGCAAGGAACCGCUUCCAAUCCACUUGAAUCCUUGAGAAAUGUUGAGAAAGCAUCCCAGGUGCUCUGUGGACCCCAGAGGGUGCCAGGAUGGGGCAGCCCACCAGGAUGCCAGUGACCUCCAGCAGCUACCCAGGGCCUGUGCAAAACGCUGUCCUCCCUGCAGACUCCCCAGAGCUCCUCAAAUUCCUGGGGAGCUGGGGAGUCAGUUUCCUCUCAGCCUCAGAGAAGCUGUUCUUUCCCACAAAUGGGCAGAAAGUUCUCAGCCUCUGGGGCUGAGAAGCAGAACCAGGGUGGCUUCGCUUGCUCGACUGCCUGGGAACCAUGGGGCCCACCCCAGGUGGGCAAACACUCAGUGUCUCUGAAUCUCCCCACUGGCUGGCCACCUCGGCUGUCAGCUGGAUGCUCCUGGCAAGAGCCUCGCACCCUCUGAAUGCAAAUGAAUGAUUCUGCCAUCAGUUAGAUAUCCCCUUGGUUCCCCAAAGUGCAGGUCUUUCUGAGUGCCUUUAGCUUAUGCUGGUACCAUUGUUCUGAAGUUCACCAGCCCUGACUUCUCUUCACGGCGCAAGCAAUGACUGAUUUCAGUGAAGCCAUCCUAGCAUUCUUGUUCCACUUUGUACAGAAGACAGUGAACCCCUGUCAUUACAACAGUGACAUUUCCUUAUUGUUAACAAUACCCUGGACUGUCACUCAAGUACUGUACCUUUUUGGUUGCACACAUGUGUUACUAACCACAGUCUCACGAUCUUAUGGUGCUAUUUUCAUUGGUGCAAAUGAAACCUUCUCAGUUGACCAUGGCUUGAUAUUAGACACAGGGAAAGACCCACAAUGGCAAUAAUAUCAUUGCUUUGUUCUCUUUACUUCAUUUCAGAGUCAAAUGUAUAUAUUUUCCACUAGUUAACUUACAUUACGUACUGUACCCAUGGUAUUUUUGUUUUACUUUUUGGUGCUGGUUUGAAAGAAAAAAAAAGAACAGAAGACAAACAUUGGACACCACUGUAAAUGAGAAAUUAAUCAUUUCAUUGGAAGUGAGUUGACUAUGUUUAAUAAAAUGUUUUUCCAUAACAAU